GAUUUUGGCAAGAGCAGUUUGGUUACAAACUAAAUUAUUAUAUUUUUUAAGUUGUGAAUAAAACAUAAAAAGUAAAAGUAUUAUGUCUAAAAAGAAUUGCAAAAUGCAGCUAAGAUUGUGAACAGAGUCAAGUGGUUAAAUUUGUGUAAAAGUUAACAGGAUAAAGACGAAAUAGUUUCGACUACAGAACUGUGCGAAAUUUGGAAAUUAUAAAUGACAAAGUAUUAUUGAGUGAACCUAAAAUGAAUCCCUCCGAGCUGCGUAUGAUGUGGAUGAGUCACUAUAAUCCAGAACGCAUCACAGUGGAGGACGCACCCUCAUUCUUUGGACAUCCAUCAGUGGGACUUUCUGUAAUGGACGAUUUAUCCUCACAUCAACCAACAAUGGAUUUGAAUCCAAUGAUGAGUAUUGUUGGGGGGGAUUUCAGUGGUCAGGCGGCAGCAGCAGCAGCGGCUGCAUUGGGCGUACAACCAACAGCUCUUAUUGCGGCCAAUUCCAAUGAUAUUUACGGUCUAGCACAAGUAGGCGGUUUGCAUCAGCAAUUACUGCAACAAUCGGCCGCAGCUGUUUUUCAAAACUACACGGAAGUUAUAGACGACGACGAUGGCACAGGAAGCGGCGUAAUAGGUGGUGACAACAGCGUUUGUGGCAAUGUCAGCGUAGAUAAAUCAUUGUCCACACAAUUUGUACAUAAUGAUGAACCACAAACCAUCUAUGAUCAAUUGGAUGAUGGUAGUUAUGACGGUGGUUUAGCACCGAAACAGGAAAUUAUAAAUAUUGAUGAUUUCGUUAUGAUGACGGACUCGAAUUCAUACGAUGGUACAGAAUUUAUGGCUGACGAGCGAGAAGUGGCCGAAGGGAGUAGUGGUGGCGUUGAUAUCCCACAUGCACAUGGCAUGGAUGAGAAUGGUGUGCUAGUCCCUUUGGAUAGUGGACACAAAUUAAUAGGCGAUAGUGGCGAUGAGGUGAUGGUGCCCGCCACCACAACGGCCGCAAUGCAGGCAACAGCUUCAACCUCAGCAAGAGGAUUUGGUGGAGGUGGAGGAACGGGACACCAUCGCUCAUCGCAACGUAAGACUCGAAAAAUAGAACCAGUUAACAGGCCAGGACUGGUGCUGAAAACACCAAUAGCAUAUAAGGGGAACAUAGAUCCAUCGGUCAUACCAAUUCAGAAAGACGGCAUGGCCGUCUGCGAGCGUUGCGGCGCAAUUGGUGUAAAGCACACAUUCUAUACGAAAUCUCGACGUUUUUGCAGCAUGUCCUGCGCUCGCGGUGAACUCUAUUCAUUGGUAGUCAACAACACUAAAAUGGCUGGCGGUGCGCAACAACAACAACAGACGAUUUCCAAUUCCCCCGUGCAAGAUCAUAUCGAUGGUGCAACUGGCAGUAACAAUGGUAAUAGCAACGACAUACAGCAACACGAUACACAACCUCAACAAUCAGAUAUUGAGUUGGCGUUACGUGUUGCUCAUAUUAAGAAUUCGAAUUAUCGUUUCCGCAUCACAGACCAAUCGAAAAUUACACAAAUCAACGGGUUUGGCGAACCUGUCAUGUCCACCGAAUUGACUGGCAUGGAUGGGGGCGGCGCAUUAGCGGGUCUAAAUAGUGAGAAUGGCGCCUUAAGUGUAAAUACGGGCGGCUUGGUUGCCACGCCAAAAGCACUUCAAAUGUACCGUGAUGUAUUGCCACAAGAGGACCUGCCGCAAAUACCCAAAUUUGAACGUUUACCAGUUUCCUGCCCACAAAUGGAGAAAAUCAUUAGUAUACGUCGUCGUAUGUACGAUCCGUCGCAUUCAUUUGAUUGGACGCCGCGUUUGUCGCAUCCGAAUUUUUUCGCCGCACCCGUCACUUGCUUUCCACAUGCGCCCGGCUAUGAGGUUUGGGACAGCAUUGGCAUUGACAUGAAAGUUGAGGUGGAGAAUACAGAUUGUGAUAACACGGAAAUUGUGCAGCCAGGGCAGACACCACACUCGUUUUGGGUCGCGACGAUCCUAAACAUUUGUGGAUACAAAGCCCUAAUGCGUUACGAAGGCUUUGAUGAGCCCACACAUGACUUCUGGGUUAAUCUUUGCAAUGCGGAAGUGCACUCGGUUGGUUGGUGUGCGACGCGUGGUAAACCACUCAUACCGCCCCGUACCAUAGAGAAUAAAUACAAAGAUUGGAAGGAUUUCCUUGUGGAACGAUUGUCUGGCGCACGUACACUGCCCUCCAGCUUUUAUAACAAAAUCAAUGACAGCAUGCAGUCGCGUUUCCGACUGGGCUUGAAUUUGGAGUGCGUGGACAAGGAUCGAAUCUCACAGGUUCGCUUAGCAACGGUUACAAAAAUUGUAGGCAAACGGUUGUUUUUGCGUUACUUUGACUCGGACGACGGUUUUUGGUGUCAUGAGGACUCGCCCAUCAUACAUCCGGUCGGUUGGGCGACUACUGUUGGUCACAAUUUAGCAGCACCUCAUGAUUAUUUGGAACGUAUGUUGGCUGGUCGAGAGGCAAUGAUUGAAGUGCAUGAGGAUGAUGCAACAAUUGAGCUUUUCAAAAUGAAUUUCACUUUCGAAGAAUAUUACAUGGAUGGCAAAGGCAAUGGUUUUGUUGAAGGAAUGAAAUUGGAGGCGGUCGAUCCACUUAAUUUAUCAUCGAUUUGUGCUGCAACCGUAAUGGCGGUGCUUAAAUUCGGCUACAUAAUGAUACGCAUCGAUUCUUAUCAGCCAGAUGCAACAGGGUCAGAUUGGUUUUGCUAUCACGAAAAGUCACCGAGCAUAUUCCCAGUUGGCUUCUGCGCCUCAAAUAGCAUAACGUUGACACCGCCCAAUGGUUAUGAUGUCAACACAUUUAAUUGGGAAACAUAUUUACAAGAAACGGGUAGCGUUGCUGCUGGCCAGCAUUUAUUCCAUCGGAUUGUGCCUAAUCAUGGAUUUCGGGUCGGCAUGAGCCUCGAAUGUGCUGACCUCAUGGAUCCACGUUUGGUGUGUGUGGCGACUGUGUCACGCAUAGUCGGGCGUCUGCUUAAAAUACACUUCGACGGUUGGACCGAUGAGUAUGAUCAAUGGUUGGAUUGCGAAUCACCAGAUGUUUAUCCCGUAGGCUGGUGUGUGCUGGUGAAUCACAAACUCGAAGGUCCGCCCGUGCCUGUGCAGGCUACGGCUAAGGCGAACACAAAAACGAAAAGUCCGAAAAAACGCAAGAAAAAAUCCUCAGCAAAAGUUGGUGAAAAUUCAAAUACAGGUAUUUUAAGCAACCGACACAGCAAAUCAAAAAAUUCUCAACUAUUUGUAUUGUCAAUUUCAGCAAAACCACGUACAAUCGCUUUGAAAACGAAUCCGCAUCUUCCGAAGUUGAGUAUUAAACUCGAACUCAAGCCAGAGCAUCAUAAUGCCGCUUUCUACGAGGAUAAUAACGAAGAUGAUGACGACGAUGGUGACUAUGAAGAGGACAGCACCAGUCAUCGCUCCGGUCAAUCCACACCACUCUCACAUAACGAUGGCAGUCAGCAGGCGUUGACUGAAAAACUCAGCGCCGCGCAACAAGGCACCACGCCACAGGCGGCCGCGACAACGCGUUGUGGCAACGCGGCCGUAAAGAAAUCUGUGUCGCCAGCACCGCCAGUUGUGGGACGAAAAGCCACCAGCUACAUUGGGAACUCAUCCGUCUGCAAUAGCAAGUACAUUCCGCGUCUGAUUGAGUCCUCUUCGAACGAGAACAACAGCAGCAGUAGUGGUGGCCACAGUAACAGUCAAAACGCGGACCCACAAGCAGACCUCAUACCCGAUACAUGGAAUGUGUACGACGUUUCACAAUUUUUACGCGUCAAUGAUUGUACAGCUCACGGCGACACAUUUUUGCGUAAUAAAAUCGAUGGCAAACGUUUGCUGCAAUUGUCUAAAGACGAGAUAAUCACUUUGCUUGGCAUGAAGGUGGGGCCAGCGCUCAAGAUAUCCGAUUUGAUACAGCAACUCAAAUGCCGCGUUAAUCCCGGUAAAUCUAGAAUGCAUAAGGCAAACAAAACGUUUUUAUAGUGCCUUUUGAAGCGAACGCGUCAAAUAGUAACAUCAGCACCACCUAAACCGACAACAUUUCGUAUUAAGCUCUCACACAUAGCAACGCGUCACAAUAUUGUAACGUAUCUAAUAUGAUUACAGUAGCCCCUAAGAAACUACUUACAUAUGUAUAUCUCGAUACAAAACAGGCAUACUACGCAGUAUGAGUGCAUGCUGUAAUUAUGUGUAAUAUAACAAAGAAUAUUUACGAAGUGCGUUGGAGUACAAUGCUGAGAGAUGGUUGAGUUUGCUGUCAAUUGGAACAAUUAUAGGGUAAAUGAGUAAAUUGUGUUAAGUAAAAGCAUGCUGUAUGAGACAAAACUUUCAGCAUCAGCAGCAGUUAAAUGCUAAGGAAAACCAUAGCAAAAAAUAACAACAACCAUGAAAAAUUUAAUAUAUUAAUUACAGUUUUCUUUAAUGACGUAGAAUAGAUACUUAUUUUAUAGAAUUCUCACUUCAUACAUAUUUUUAAUAUAUCUAGUACACAGUAACUUUAUUUUAGUUAAAAAAACGAAAAGGCAAAAAAUACCUUUAUGUAUACAUAAUUUUGUGUAAUUCUUUGCUGUCAAUAAGAAGACGAGGUGAACGAAAAAUAUAACACUUACGUAGACUGAGAACAAUUAUUAAAUGAGAAAACAGUAAACAUAAUUUAUUACUAAAAUACUAUUGCAUACUUACAAUCAAUUACCAUUGCAACAACAACACAAUGUUUUCUACCGUUAGGCAUAAUAGCACUACCCUCAACACACACACACACACACACACACACACACACAAACAGUAACCACGCAAUAUAAAUGCCUUUUAAAUGAAAAAAAAAACAACAACAAUAUAAA